UCCGCGCAUGCGGGGCUCUCUCGGCUGCAGCCGGCGCCGCUGCCACUCCCGGGAGCAUGAAGGACCGAACCCAGGAGCUCCGCACGGCCAAGGACAGCGAUGAUGACGACGAUGUCACUGUCACUGUGGAUCGAGACCGUUUCAUGGAUGAGUUCUUCGAGCAGGUGGAGGAGAUCCGGGGCUUCAUCGACAGCAUCUCGGAGAACGUGGAGGAGGUGAAGCGGAAACACAGCGCCAUCCUGGCCUCCCCCAACCCCGACGAGAAGACGAAGGAGGAGCUGGAGGAACUCAUGUCUGACAUAAAGAAGACUGCCAACAAAGUUCGCUCCAAGUUAAAGAGCAUCGAGCAGAGCAUCGAGCAGGAGGAGGGUCUGAACCGCUCGUCCGCGGACCUGCGGAUCCGGAAGACGCAGCACUCCACACUGUCGCGGAAGUUUGUGGAGGUCAUGUCCGAGUACAACGCCACACAGUCCGACUACCGCGAGCGCUGCAAGGGCCGCAUCCAGAGGCAGCUGGAGAUCACCGGCAGGACCACGACCAGUGAGGAGCUGGAGGACAUGCUGGAGAGUGGCAACCCGGCCAUUUUUGCCUCCGGGAUCAUCAUGGACUCCAGCAUCUCGAAGCAGGCUCUGAGCGAGAUCGAGACGCGGCACAGUGAGAUCAUCAAGCUGGAGAACAGCAUCCGGGAGCUGCAUGACAUGUUCAUGGACAUGGCCAUGCUGGUGGAGAGCCAGGGGGAGAUGAUUGACAGGAUCGAGUAUAACGUGGAACACUCGGUGGACUAUGUGGAGAGGGCUGUGUCGGACACCAAGAAGGCCGUCAAGUACCAGAGCAAGGCUCGCCGGAAGAAGAUCAUGAUCAUCAUAUGCUGUGUGAUCCUGGGCAUCAUCAUCGCCUCCACCUUUGGGGGCAUCUUUGGUUAGACGCCACCCGCCUGCCAUUCCUCUGGAUCGUCCACCCUGAGUGGCCCCUGGCUGCUGCCUCCUCCCUGCCUACUCCUCCCCGCCCCUGCCACUGGGCCUUUGCCCCCGCCUGCCUGAGCCGUUGUGUGCAUGAUCGUGGUGACCGUGUGUGUCUGUACAGAAGAGGCGGGGGCAGCAAGGGACAGCUGCAGGGCCUGCCCAUGCCCCCUCCUCCCAGGCAGGGCUGCCCUGGGUUCAUAAGUC